AUGCGAUGCGCGAGCAAGGCCGCCGAGAGCGCGUCCGCACGUCUCUGUGCGGACGCCGAAGCAGAAACCGCAGCAACUGAUGUCUCAUCGGUUGCUGAAACGACUCAGCCUGUGUCACGUGGUGAUGCAGGCGCUCGUCAUGAAGAUACUCAUGUCUUCACAGAGUAUGAGCUCGGUGUCUCAUACUCUCCCGAUACGGAAGAUGGCUCUGUAUCGAAGGCGGUCGAAACCAAGCCGCCUGCCAAGCGUGGCAUGGAUGAUGCUAUGCGUCGUAGCAUCUUUGGUUCAUCUGAUUCAUCAGACGAACCAUCGCCGAAGCGAAGGCGCUCGAGGUCGCAAGACUCGGGCGCUAACAGUGGUGUCGGUUCUCCAAUUGACACCACUUCGCAACGAGGUGCCAGUACUUCUGUCGGCACAUCGCAGGAAGAGCGGGACCGCAAUGUGUUGCGUCUCGCUCCCGAGAAGAAGGCAUGGAUGCCUCCUAAAUCUGUCAUGGAUCACUUGUCGGCGACGACGAGUGAUCGUUAUCGAACACGAUUGUUCGAUUCGUCAAGGAUCCAUCAACUUGACCCCAGUGCGAAAGACUAUCGCGCUGAGAAUGAAUUCUUCAUCGAUGCUUUCUUUAAACAUCGAUGGUACAGUGGGAAUCACAAACGUGAUGGUCCCUCACUACUUCAAGCGUGGAACGCCUACAUCCAUAACCUUGAGGAUGUAGGUCGUGACGUUUGGAACGACAAACUUAUCAAGGCUCGUGAUAAGUUUGAGAAAAGAACCCCGAGGUGCACGCUAAAGCUGCAUCUUCUGUCUAGGGAGACCCGUGGUGGCGCCGGUCCUUCUGCGGCACAGGAUGUGCCGCGUCGUACUGCUCAACCAGACCCAGUACGUCAACCAUCAGUUGGGAGCGGGGCUCCCAAGUAUCCCAGGACGGGGGAUAACCGCGCCACCGGACGAGGUAACUCAUCCGACGUCCGUUCACAUCGCGGUGGUUCAACAGCCGCUCAAUCAGAUAGCGCUAGCCACCGCGAGAGUCUUCCAAAGGAGGUGGAGGAGGAGGGAAGACGCUCUUUAAGCUAUCAUGGGGAUCCGUGUGUUCCCGAGAGCUUCUUUGAUCGCGUAACGCAAGGGUUACGCGACGAUCUCGAACAUGAGCGGGACAUGCAUCUUCAACUGGCGGACGCUGUCUUGAAGUAUCGAGCUGAGUUUGCCUUUGCUUAG